AUGCCUCCUCACCACCAUUCUCCAUUGGAAGAUCAGUCUUUUGCCUCCAUGGCCGAUCAAUUGGCUCAACUAGUUGCUAUAACUAUCGCCAACAACAACCGCAUCGAUGCCAUCAUUGCCAAGCUAACUGAGAUCACUGAAAUCCCCACCACCACAUUGAUCAAAAACACAAAUAUGGGGGAUAUCACGUCACGACCAUUUCCACCGACAUCCCCAUCACAACCGUUGCUGCUAACAACACCAACAUACCCACCGUUAACACUGUCGGCAACCCCACCUUCACCAAUCCAAUCGAAGAUACAACCGCCGUCGCCCCCAUCACCAAAGGAACCGCUCCCACAAGAGCCAUUGACAACUACUUAUGAACAUAUCCGACAUGUCAAGCUAUUUUUUCGUCUGUUGGACCAAUGCUUUCUCACCCUCCUUACUCUCAACGAUUGCUUGUUGGACCUGGAGGACUAG